UAAACUAACAAAAAAAAAGUUUGCAUCUGAGAAUUUAAUUCGAAAAAAAUAACCAUACAAAGAGAAGAAGCAAAAUUUGCUUUCUAAGACGAAACAAAAAUGGCAUUUGUCUACGUAGUUGGAGCUGGCAAUGAUACUCUGGGCGAUUCUGUCCCAGACGAAGACUGGAGUCUUGUGAAAGUCGCAACAUAUGUGAGCGACGGAAUCGGACUUUGCUUCACGCUUUUCGGUUUUCUGUUCAACUACUUCUGCUUCAUAACGGCCGACCAUCUGCCUGUCUCGACCAGUGCAACACUGAUGAAGUAUGUCGCAGUUUGGGACACUAUGAACUGUUUGGUCAAAAUAGGAGUGCUAAACACUGCAAUGACGAGUCAGAUUGAAUUGCAGUGGGAAACAUACACGAAUUGGUCGUGCAAGGUGUUUGCGUAUUUUCGCUGGACAGUCGCACUAUGUGCUGCUUACCACGUGGUGCUUUUAGCACUAGAUCGCGUGGUGCUUCUGAAGUUUUCAGCCUGGCACCAUAACAACGCGUCUCCUAGCAAAAUACGGAACGCGAGUUGCGCCGUGGCAGCAUUUGGGCUGAUCGUCAACUCUUCUGUCCUCUACAUAUUCGAACUACGGAACGGCAGAUGCCUUUUUAGCCAGGCUAUUCUGACCAGUCAAGCUGUUCUGGCAAAGAAGAUAGAAAAUAAUGGCGGCAAAUCAGCUGAAUCGACAACGAAAGUGUCUAAGAAUAAAAACUCCAGCAAUUCAAGCGGCAAGAUCAAGAUCAAAAACCCGCGGAAAUUGGUUUUGAAGACCGAAAAGUCUGUAAAUCAACUAACUGCAAUAGGCAUGCUAUCACUAGCUUUCAAAUCAUCAGCUAUAUCAAAAUUAGCUCCAGCGGCUUCUUUGGGCUCUAGUAGUGGCUGA